AGCCAAAGCAUAAAUUGUACAUGAGGGAGAAAAAUCCCAGCAUACCAUCAGAAAAAAUGUAAUGAAAGAGGAUCCACAGUGUGAAAUUGGAAAAUUUCCAGCGGCACACUGGUUGGGAAUCACGACAAAGUAGUGGAGGCUAGCUGGUGGGUUACGUUGUUGGCAACGCGAGGUUGCCUUAUUUGUUCGACUGAAAUUGUUAAAUGCCUCCACACAUAGUUUCCGCCGUCUUGUAACCGUAUUGCUUACACAUUCACAGCAUGUUGUUGCACAUUGUUUGGAGGGGGGGAAAAAAUCCAAAUAAAAUUCUUUUGAUUGAUGAAUUCACAAGACGAAAGUGUGUGAUUCCCUCUGUGUACACUGGAGGGCCCCCGUCUCUAGAUAGUACAAUUAACUCGUAAAAUUACACAUUAGUUUACCUCCUUUUUGAUUAACUAGUGAUACGUUUUACGUAUUUCGUAAUACCUUUAACGACAUGUUAGGCCUGGAGAUUUAUUUUUUAUAUAAAGGGUGACAUUUCGUCUAAAGACGUUGCCCAGCGAAGAGGAAGAACAAGUUUUGUUGUGUUUCAGGGCGAAUUUUCCACUAAAACGUGACUAACAAUACGCCGCUGUUAGGUCGUUAACCCUCAAAUGUGAGCGGAGGGCCGGUGCGGGGAAUGAGCGAGCGCCUUUGCCUCGGCCUACUUGGGGACCGCUGCUGGGACUGUGCACAUCUGCGCACAAUCACUCGCUUUGUGCUUCAUAAUCACGCAUCCGUUGUUGAUUUCAUAGUGACCGACCAGCACAUGGGACGAGGAAUGACAACAUGAGUCAGUCGUACAGACCGGCUUUUCACUCAGCAUUCGGCUCCCUUAGCCAGCUAGAGCCGGGACCCCGGAAUGGGUACGUGGGCGGCUCCUACGCAAGGCAGUGCAGCAUGGUGAAACUCGGGUCGGAGCAGCCAUCAGCUUCCAACUGUUACAGCCCGCUGAAGACGCUGUGUGACUUUAACGCUGUGGUCAAGAAGGCGGACCACCAUGCUAAGGACCGCUUGCACUCUUCAAGCCCAGUAAGGGAGGAUGACAAUGAGUUUGAGUCCGUCCUUCUGCCUCCCUCGCCAUGCAACGAUAACACAGACUCAUUUCAAUCGUUGCCACUCUUUAAUAGGAAUGGCUUCCCACCUUACAAUCUGGACGGUUUAGAACACUGUUCUCCUACUUCAAAUGGCUACUUGCAUUUUGGCACCACAUUGUUUGACACCAGCGACAUGAAGCAGCAACACCACCACGAUCACACCGAAUUCAAACGGAGUAAGGGCUUCAUCCCCUAUCACCAGACUUGGGAGCACCCUUUUAUAGGCUCUCGAACCUCAAACAUUUCAGGAUCAGUCCAAAGGACGUACAAACCUGCUGUUUUUAAUCUGAUGUCUAAAACUAUAUCGGAACUCAACCCCACAGUGAGCCCCCGCACACUCUCAGACAUCACUAUGAGAGAUGUGUGGAGUCUGGACGAGGAAUCGGAAAGUGAAGGGGAACUUGCCUCCACUGGUCCUGAUCUUAUUUCUCCAUCUGGCACGAACUCGGAUUCCAGCAGUCCAAAAAGAAGGCCUCCACUAUCAGUACAAUAUGUGCAAGGCGAGUUGGUGUGGGCAAAGUUUAACAGACGGCCCUGGUGGCCCUGCAGAGUUCUCUGCGACCCUCAGUUAGGCCUUCACACCAAGAUGAAACUCCCCAGUCCCCGCCCCUGCCGCAUGUACUUUCUGGAGACAAUUGGCGAGAUGGUUGAGUCCGCCUGGGUGCCUGGGAACGCUGUUUUUCCUUUCAAAGGGGGCUAUCAAUUUGAUGACCUUCCCUUGCUUAGACGGAGAGGGAAACAGAAGGAGAAAGACUACAAGUACACGAUACCCAAAAGCUUGGAGUCUGCAUGGAAAGUCAGUGUGACGGAAGCUGAGCAUAUGCUCUUUCUGCAACAACGGAAUGCCAAGAGUUUUCCUGGAGCAUCUCUUAAGGGACAGGAGUCUGCACUCGGCCCACCACUGGAGCCUCUCCCUUUCACUGUGAAUGCUGGUCAGCUCCCAUCCCCUAAUAUUGUUCCCAGUAGAAAUGAGCAAGAUGUUAUCAACAACUCAGCAGGAACACUUUCCAAUCAGAGCAAGACUUGCAAAAAGAAAAAGAAAUGUUUGUCGGACAUAUUUGGGCAUAUUAUCGCUGGUCCAACUGAGUCAUUGGUCGUGACAGAGACACUGGACCCUCAUACAAGUCGUGCACUGAAAAAAGAACCUGAAGACUCACCUUAUGCAAGUCUGGAAACUGUUCCCGUGUUACAUUGUCCAACGCGCCCAACAAUCUCUCCAACACGGGAACUUGACAGGCCUUUCACACAUAUAAAAACAAUAUUCAGAGAAACAGUCCAGUAUUCUACAGAUUCACAUAAUUCUGAUAGCGAUUUUGGAGACAUUUUGGACUGUAAAAAUCAGAUAUUAAGGAACAAUGAGGAAACUGUGCAUAGUCCAGGGAAUAAGAUGCCUAAAAAGCUGCUUGCCAGUAGUUGUCCUGCGACGACAGCCAUGGAAGCAGAUGACGAUGUUGAGCUCCAAGAUGUCCCUACCCAAAUCUCAAACCACUCUGAUUGUUGUCCAAAUGAACCCAAUGAUACACACCUGUUAAAAACUCAAACAUCUAGCUCUUGGGAAUUAUUCACUGAUGCAUCAUCCUCUGUAAAUCACAGCACUCCAAGGAGACAUACAAAGAAGCCUGGCAAGAAAAAAAAUUGCGUUGGCACAGUUAUAAAGUCUCCUAGUGUGGACCAUUGUAAUUCCUUUAGUCAUCCAGUUCAAAUUAAGAUAGAGAAUUUUAGCCCGGACUUGUCAUCUUCUCCCUCCCCCGCAUCACUGAGUCCCAUGAAUGCUUUCCAGGAUGUGAAGGAAGUCACGUUUCAGUCUCUUGUCGACGAGAACCGUGACACGCAGGGGGCCACAUUCCGUCCUGAUUCUAAUUAUAAAUUCAGUACGUUCCUCAUGCUCCUCAAAGACAUUCAUGACACUAGAGAAAAAGAGGGUAAGCCCCUAGUUAUCCCACCAUCACCACUGCUUAUCAAGGAAGAACCCUUAGUCAUGCCUUCUUCAUGUGGUGAGCCGCUGACAGUGUCUUCUGGCACUUUGAGCCAAGAAAUCAAAACAGAGUUUGUGCAAUUGGGAAAAUGCUCAACAGUGAAAACUGAGUGCAGGACUAAAGCUUCCUUGUCAGCAGAAAAUUGCCACUCUGAAGAGUUUCCAUUACAGAUUGAUAACUCUGACAGACAGCGGCGAAAACAGAGACUUCCUGCCAAACUAAAACUUCCAUUCCCUGGCCUUUCCUCCAAUAUGGAGGACUUGGCUCUCGGCAAGGAAUUUGUUGGUGGCCAUGCUGAUUUAGCAGAAAAUAAUCAUGCCAUACCCUGUGAUUCUGCUGCCACCUACCUGGACAAGAGAUCUCAAUCCCCUAUUGCCCCAAAGAAGCGUUGGCAGAUGCUUGAGGAAAACGAGACAAACAAGUUGUACACAAUGCAAGCAUCUUCAGGUGUUCAUCUGGAAGAUGAGGGGCUUCCAUACAAUAACUCAUUCUCUGAGGAAAGCUGUGCAGCUGGUCAUUCUGAGAACAAACGCCUCCGGAGACCAACAAAAAGACUCCUGGAGUCCAGAGAGGAAUAUGAACAAAUAUUUGCCCCCCUAAAGAAAUCCAAAAAACAAACCUUUGACUCAUAUGAUAUGGUUCACAGUGAUACCAGUGAAAUUGUGUCACCAGUCCUGGAUUCCAGCAUCUCAUCAGAGACACUUGCCUCAGCGUCAUUCUCCAGAGCCCCCCCCACAUCUCCAACUCCAGAGGCCCAUUGUCAGUCUCAGGAUCAAUGCCCACCUGUAGGCCCCGCCAUUUCCUCAGCUUCAACUCAAUCCCCUCUUGAGAUGGUCACAGCCGAAGAACCUGAACUACCUCUAAAUUCAGCUACGGAGUUAAAAGCUGAAAGAAAAAGGCUUCGGAAGCUGUCUCAUAAGAUUUUGGAUUGCACCAUUGAAGAAGUGUUGGGAUUGCGAAAGAAGGAGGAGCCAAAGUACCCCCCUAAAGUUUUUUCUGAAGUUAAAGUGUUGGACAUGAAAAAUUCAAUAACUUCGAAGGUUAAACUUAGGGAAAAUAUGCGGGCAGCUGUUAAGAAAGAGAAACAUUUUCUCGAUGCAUCCCCUGCCCCUGUUACUGGCUCUUCACCAUCCGAGGCUGAAGAUGAGGUCAGCGUUGUCACUGAAAACAAGUCUCCUGAGGAGAAAGCCAAGUUGAACCCCUGCAGUACUGAAGAGAAACACAACUCAGAAACUGAAACCUCCAAAGUUGAGGUGCUUGAUGCCAGUUUGAUGGACAGCCCAUCUUCCCAAUUGGAUGUUCAAGGAAAAAUGAGUGCUGCUUCCUUUAAGGAAAAUGUCUGCCAGGUGUGUGAGAGGACGGGAGACCUUCUGGUAUGUGAUGGCCACUGUUAUGGAGCCUUUCACCCACAAUGCAUUGGUUUGUCUGUGGCACCCAAGGGAAAUUUCCUCUGCCAACAAUGUACCUCUGGCGUUUACACAUGCUUUGUGUGUAAAAAGUCUGGUGAUGACGUGAAGCGAUGCAUAAUCCCACUGUGUGGAAAAUUCUAUCACACCGACUGCAUCAUGGCCUUCUCAGCCACGCAGCAACAUAACAAAAGCUUCCGCUGCCCCUUACACAUUUGUCUCUCAUGUCACAUUGCCAAUCCUCUCAAUGCCUGUGGCUCCAAAGGACGUUUGGCUCGGUGUGUGCGGUGCCCUGUGGCUUAUCACGCUAAUGACAACUGUAUGGCAGCUGGGAGUGUGGUGCUGGCCAACAACGGUUUUCUCUGUCCAAAUCACUUCACUCCUCGGAAGGGCUGCAAGAACCAUGAACACAUCAAUGUUAGCUGGUGCUUUGUGUGCUCUGAAGGAGGCAGCUUGCUUUGCUGUGAAGCCUGUCCAGCUGCUUUUCAUCAAGAAUGUCUCAAUAUCGAGAUGCCUCAAGACAGCUGGUUCUGCAAUGACUGCAAGGCGGGAAAGAGACCACGAAUCAAGGACAUACUGUGGGUCAAAUGGGGACGCUACAGAUGGUGGCCUGCUGAAGUGUGUCCGGUCAAAGAUGUCCCAAAUAACAUCUUGAGGAUGAAACAUGAAGUAGGGGAGUUCCCAGUGCAGUUUUUUGGCUCUAAAGAUUUUGUAUGGACUUACCAGGCCCGUGUGUUCCCCUACAUGGAGGGUGAUACACACAACAUUGAGAAAAUGGGCAAGGGGGCAGAUACGGUGUACAAAAAUGCCCUGAUUGAAGCAGCAGAGAGGUUCAAAGAGCUUCUAACAGAAAGGGAAAUGAGGCAGCUUCAGGAGGACAGAAAGAACCACAAGAAACCUCUUCCUUACAAACAUAUUAAGGUCAAUAAGCCAAUUGGAAAGGUGCAAAUCAUCACAGCUGACCUAUCUGAGGUCCCACGCUGCAACUGCAAGGCAUCGGAUGAGAACCCGUGUGGCGUGGACUCUGAGUGCAUUAAUCGAAUGCUGUUGUAUGAGUGCCACCCUCAAGUUUGCGCUGCAGGGGAGCGCUGUCAGAACCAGACCUUCACAAAACGGCAGUACACAGUUGUUGAGAUAUUCCGGACACUGUCUCGUGGUUGGGGUUUACGUAGUGUGUCAGACAUCAAGAAGGGAGCUUUUGUGAGUGAAUAUGUGGGGGAAGUCAUAGAUGAGGAAGAAUGUCGGGCCAGAAUCAAACAUGCUCAGGAAAAAGACAUCUUUAAUUUCUACAUGUUGACACUAGAUAAGGACCGAAUAAUAGAUGCAGGACCGAAAGGGAAUCAGGCUCGCUUUAUGAAUCACAGCUGCCAGCCCAACUGUGAAACUCAGAAAUGGACUGUGAAUGGGGACACCCGUGUGGGACUGUUUGCUCUCCAAGACAUCCCAAAAGGUGUGGAGCUGACUUUUAACUACAACCUGGAGUGUCUUGGCAAUGGCAAGACUGCCUGUAAAUGUGGCGCACCCAACUGCAGCGGGUUCCUUGGUGUUCGACCCAAGAACCAGCUGCCAGCUGAGAAAUUGAGGGAAGGGAAGAGGAGAGGGCCCAUGAAGAAGAAGACCAAGCAACAGGUGACCAAAGAGAGGGAGGAUGAGUGUUUCAGCUGUGGUGACGGGGGCCAGAUCGUGUCAUGUAAGAAGCCUGGUUGCCCAAAGGUCUACCAUGCUGACUGUCUCAACCUGGCCAAGAGACCUGCAGGGCGAUGGGAGUGUCCUUGGCACCAGUGUGACGUCUGCGGUGUAGAGGCAGCUUCUUUCUGUGAGAUGUGCCCGAGCUCAUUCUGCAAAGCCCAUCGCGAUGGCAUGCUGUUCAUCUCCAAGCUAGACGGCAAGCUGUCCUGCAGCGAGCACGACCCCUGUGGGCCCGACCCCUUGGAGCCAGGCGAGAUCCGUGAAUAUGUCCCCGACGUGUCCGCCUCAAAGCCCGCCUCCAAUGCUACGCCGCUUGCUUCCUGCCCGGACUCAAGCUCCAGAGGUUCUUCCCCCGCCGCCUCACAUGGCUGUCGAGCUGAUCCCGCCACACACGAGCUUCCUCCUCCUCGUCUCUACAUAAACACAAAGACCGCCACGUCAAGCUUCAUCCCUUCCAGCAGAUCUUCCCUCACAGAUGGGAGUGAAGAGAAAGUGUUUUCCAGCCCGACCUCCUCCAAAGAUCACAGCGAGGAUGGCGAGAUGGAGGAGGGGGAGGUGUAUGGGAUAGAAGUAGACCUAGAUGAUGAUGAUGAUGACUAUGACGACGAUGACGCAGAUGACGAUGUGGGGGAAAUAGAGUUAGUGGAGGAUGAGUCACUGUACGAAGACAGCCUAGAGGAAGAUGAGGAGGAGACAAAUGUGUUUGACAGUUGGGGUUAUAACGUGGAGGAAGAUUGCAGGAGUGAAGACCUCAGGGGGUGUGACUCGACCAGAGAAGACGAUUGACAAGUGACCCCUACCAACAUACUGUUUUCAAACGUAACAUUGCCUUCUCCUUGGUACACCAUUGCCUUCUUAUCCCAGACUGUUGCACUGAUGCUAGGGAUGUGUCUUGGUGCUAUGGCCAUAGGGGCGCAUUCACUAAGUUUCAUUCACCUGUGUUGGUAAUUGUUUGUGUCUGGUGUUGUUAGCUUCAGUUGUGCAUUCUCAUAAACAUUGUUUACGUAUGACUUUUUUUAAAGAAGUUUUUUAAAUAUGAAAAGUGAGACUUUAUAGCUGACAAAAAUGUAACUAUGAGGGCAUUUUUCUAUUGUUACCUUUUUUAACAAUAAAAAAGGAGCAAAAGCAGGGGUGGUCAUUGGAGCGCUGUCAUGUCAUAUGUUGAUCCAAAUGCAAAAAUAAACACACUGGACUCAUUGA